AUGGACAACAUCCGAAACUCGCAGACGGUGCAGAACCUCGCCAACGGCCCCGUCGCUGAGAAGGCACGCAACGAAGCCGAUGCCACCAAGAACGAGUUCGGCAACCUCGCAGCCUCCCGCCAGACACCACAGACACAGACCGCCACCGGCCAGGACCUCACACACUACCACUCCUUCUUCUACAACCUCCUUAGCUGGGAGAACCCACGCGCAACCGCCAUCAGCUAUGCCAUGAUUGUCGCCUUUGUCUUCACCACACGCUACGUCCCAGUCACGAGAUAUGCCCUCAGAGUGCUGUACAUUACCUUGGGCGUUACCGCAGCUCUGGAGAUUGCUGGCAAGGUCAUCCUGGGCGAGGGACUGGCGAGCAAGCUGCGACCGAGAAAGUACUACACCAUCCCACACGAGAACCUCGAGAGUGUACUUAGCGAUGUCGAGGAGCUUACCAACUUCUUCGUCAUCGAGUUCCAGCGCAUUGUCUUCGCUGAGAACGUGUACGCCACUGUUGCUGCCUUCGUCACCGCAUUCCUCGGCUACUACCUCGUCAAGAUCAUGCCAGCUUGGGGACUUGUUCUGCUCAGUACUACUGUCAUCUACUUCGCUCCACUCGUGUACAUCAGCAACAAGGAGUUGAUCGACUACCACAUUAACAAUGCCUCCAACAUCGUUGCCGAGCAGACCAGCCAGCUUCGCGAGGUUGCAGCUCAACAGACCAACAACGCCGUGUCAAGCACUUCCAGCCUGCUCAAGGACUACACCGGCAAGGCUCAAGAGGCUAUCGGACAGACCAAGCAGGCUGCUGUUGAGAAGAACAUCAUCAGCCCAGAGACCGCUGAGAAGAUCACCCCAGAGAAGUCCGUGCACGAUGCUGAGUUCCCAAGCGCGCCAAAGGAGGAGCCAUCUGGCCCCGAGCUUACUCAGGCUGAGGAGAAGACUGCCGAGCCAAUCGUUGCAUAG